AUGUCUAGGAUGCGCCCUGCUUUACUCACAUGUCUGGCUCUGCUGUUCGUCCUCACUUUGUUUUCUGAGGUUGACACUGCAAGUACACCUGAUGGCAAAGAGCAUAAGAAAGCAGCGGGCCUACCAGGUGCGCUAAGAAGGAUUUUCAUGGAAGAGAGGGAUGCCACCAGCUUUUUCAAGCGUCGUGGCAGAAGGGCAGUGAAAUCGCAACAUGAACUCAACGUUGAGCAGCAACAGAGGCUGGCAGCUGAUGAAAGGAGGAGAGAAUAUCACGAGGAGCAGAGAAAUGAGUUUGAAAAUUAUGCAGAGGAAGAACAUAAUGAGCAGGAUGAGAGAACCAAGGAGAGUACAGAGCAGUGGAGAGAGUUCCACCAUGAUGGCCUUGACCCUUCUUAUGAAUAUAACCGACACAUCAUUUAA